CAUAACAUCUCAGUUAUAACCUAAUCGCCGGUGGAGGGGUUGUGCAUCAAGCUGAGAGGAAGGAACCAUGGCUGCACUUUUCAAAGCAAGGAAAGCUCUCGGCCUGUGUCUCAGCGGUUGUCGGAGUUUCUCUCAGCUCGCCGAACUUCCAGAGACGCAUCAGAUCCUCAGACAGACCUGCAGGGACUUCGCCGACAGAGAACUGAUCCCCAUCGCUGCCGGGCUCGACAAGGAGCACUUGUACCCUGCCAAACAGAUUCAGGAGUUGGGGGCGAUGGGGGUGUUGGCCAUGGAGGUGCCAGAGGAGCUGGGCGGCGCUGGGAUGGACUACCUGGCGUACAGUCUGGCUGUGGAGGAGAUCAGCCGGGGCUGUGCCAGCACCGGGGUGGUGGUCUCUGUUAACAAUUCUCUCUACAUCGGACCCAUAUUGAAGUUUGGGACGGAGGAGCAGAAGAAGCAGUGGAUCACACCGUUCACCACCGGAGAGCAGGUGGGCUGCUUCGCCCUCAGUGAGCCAGGUAACGGCAGCGAUGCAGGAGCGGCGUCCACGGUGGCUCGUCAGGAGGGAGACGAGUGGGUGCUGAACGGAACCAAAGCCUGGAUCACCAACAGCUGGGACGCCUCCGCCACCGUCGUGUUCGCCACCACGGACAAGAAGCUCAAACACAAGGGCAUCAGCGCCUUCCUGAUCCCCAUGCCUCACCCCGGCCUUUCUCUGGGGAAGAAGGAGGACAAGCUGGGCAUCAGAGCGUCAUCCACGGCGAACAUCAUCAUGGAGGACUGCAGGAUACCGCUGGGCAACAUGCUGGGUCCUCGUGGUGCUGGAUUCAAGAUCGCCAUGCAAACCCUGGACAGUGGACGGAUCGGGAUCGCAGCUCAGGCGCUCGGCAUCGCUCAGGCCUCUCUGGACUGCGCCGCAGACUACGCACACAAACGCACCGCGUUCGGAGCGCCCAUCGGCAAACUGCAGGCCAUACAGUUCAAACUGGCCGACAUGGCUGUGGCGUUAGAGAGCGCUCGCCUGCUCACCUGGAAGGCCGCGCUUCUCCGAGACUCCAAGAAACCCUUCACCAAGGAAGCAGCCAUGGCCAAACUCGCAGGCAUUGAAUCGCGCACGUUCUGCUCACAUCAGGCGAUCCAGGUUCUGGGUGGGAUGGGUUACGUGUCGGACAUGCCGGCGGAGAGGCACUACCGCGACGCUCGCAUUACGGAGAUCUACGAGGGCACCAGUGAGAUCCAGAGGCUGGUGAUCGCCGGCCAGUUACUGAAGGAAUAUCAGGCGUAGACGCACUCUGUGCCUUUUGCUGCAACAUGGACAUAAAAUCCCAGAUCCGGAACCAGACAAGUCAGCAUCACCUCAUCCAUAAAGAUAAAGAGGCCAGUGUGAUCCAGCUCGGCUCGUGAGCUGAGGCACAACUUUUAUACUUUUGUCGUUUUUAUAUCAGGGUUAGAUCAGCGACGCCACAGAAGUCCAGAGGAGAUUCAGACGCUCUUACGUGUCCGUUACCUCCACUGUCUCGUGUUCAAGGGAAUUCAGGAAUGAAUGUUAAACACUGUAAAGAUGAGACAAGUUCAGACUCGCCUUAAGAAGAUGUCAGUGUCAGUUUAAAGGGUCAGUUCAACUACAUUAAA